GAGCAGGGCAGGGAUGUGAUUGGCUGAGGGAAACACCAGCUCUGAAUGAGGCAGAGGAUGCCGGAGCGCCCGUGCAGCCAGUGAGUUCAUAGGCUGGUGCAAAGAGGGGACGUCGCUUUAUUCUAGUAAAGCUGCCGUUAUCACAGUCCUACCUGGAAACUGAAAAAAAAAGAAAGAAAGAAAAAGAAACACUCUUGUACUGAGGGUAGAUGCAUAUUCCUGCUCGUCCCAGUGUGAUGUUCCGGCUGCAUGAAUGUUGUAAAAUCCCUCUCACCACCACCACUUGCACAGACACGUCCUCUCAGGAGUGAUGGGCUCCAAGUUGACCAGACAGAGAAGUCUCGAUUUUGAGAGCAAACUGUCCAAGAGGAGACGCCAGACAAAUGACGUCCCCGCAGACAGCGAGACAAGUGGAGCAGAGAGCAGAGACGUGUUGUUUACCUCUUUGAUGCUCAAGUCCGACAAGAUACCAGGGAUGCUGCGUAAAAGCAACCAGAGCCCGUAUGUCAGACGCGUGGCGUGGAUCCGGGAAAUCCAGAGGCUUUUUCGGGAGCAAAAAAGGGAGCAAGCAGCUGAGGUGCUAAAACUGCUGAGGAAGGACUUGGGCCUCCAGGGGUCUUCACUCAACGACAUCUUGUACAAGAAUGCAGCUUUCCUCAACCUGGUCGACCCCAUUUCCCACGAGCUGCUGCUCAGUCUGGCCCGAGACCUGCAAUGUCCAAAAAGGGAGACUCACUCCUUCAAGUCCACCAACAAGAUCUGCCGCCAGCUGCUGUACCACCUGACCCCUCACUCCAAGUGGACGAGGCACAGCGUGCCCAGGAGAAAGUCUCAGGCUUGUCUGAAGAGCACACUGAAGAGGAAACUGUCAGGAGACGUGGUCAACCUCUCUGGCAUCCCACUGUCAGGCCGAGACGUCCACCGCGUGGCCUUAUACCUCCAGAGCAGCAGCGACGCGGUGUCCACCUUGGACCUGAGCUUCACUGAGCUCCGGGACGAGAACUUCCGGCUGCUGCUGCCUCACCUCAGCUGCCUGCCCAAACUCGCCAUACUCGCCGUCAACGGCAACCGUCUGACGGUGGCCAUCUUGAAGGACCUGACGGACACAGUUAAAGACCCAAAGAAGUUCCCCAGCCUGGCCUGGAUCGACCUGGGCAACAAUGUGGACAUCUUCACCGUGCCACAGCCGCUGCUCGUAGCCCUGCGGCGACGCUUCGGCUUACGCAGCAGCCUGCCCACGAUUUAUGAGUACAGCGAGGUGCCGGCAUUCAGUCGCUACAUCCCAAACAUGGAGACCUCUGUGGAGGAGCCCAGUCUGUAUGAGGAAGAAGACGAUAGAGAGGAGGAGGAGGUGGACAGGCUGGAGCUUCAGGCCUGGGGCUUCAGAGAAGAAGAUGUGCCAAAAAGUGUGCCACUGCACUUCUGUGGGAGGUGAUCGCCCAGAGAUACUUCUUCUUUUGUUUUUUUAGACUGGCAGCUCCUUAUAUUCCCCUGUAUCAGCUCACCCUGACUGUAGCCUCCUGUGUUCACAGUGGUCUGUGUGGCAGAAAGUGACGCACACUCCUGAAAAUAACUUUAAAAUAAGUACCUGUGUUGUGUUCCCCUAUAUGGAUGCUCUGACGGCUGAAAUAAAGCAGUGUGAUGCAGACAGAGGCCAUUGUUUGUUCAGACUGAUUGAUUUCUCCUUUAUUUAUCCUGGCGAAGUUGGACUGAGCUGAGCAGUUUUUCUGUUUCCCAUUGUUCUGUGUUUCUGAAGUUUUGUGCUGUCACACCUUAAUGCUUCCACCGGAGCAGCUGGGGGUUAAGUGCCUUGCAAAAAGGCACCGCAGCAGUAGCAGUCAAGAACAGGGGGGAGUGUUAUUAACUCAGUCUUCGAAUGCUUUUUCUAUCGAGUCUCCCAUCUGUAACAACUUCUCCCCCACUGCCCUGUUUUCUGUGAAAAUGUCUGAGUAAAUCAAAGCAACGAAGUUACAAGAAAUAUUCCACUUAAGAAAUCAAUUUCAGCUGAUGUUCUUGCUUUGAUGUGCGGCAACGCCUGAGACCAGCUAGUAAAUGGACACGUGUACACUGCGUUUUUACAACUGCACUGUAAUUAUGUUUUUCUUUUUCUGUCGGGAUGCAGCAUGUAUUCAGGAGUGAAAUGAGGGAAGUUAAGCACGAUGAACACAUUUUCAUUUCAAGUCCAAGCAGUUUCAGCUGCUGAUGAGCCGGUCACUGCCUCUAUCAGGUCUACUUAUAGACCAUUUCAGUCACAGAUGGUAAAUAGGAGAUCUGGGGGUUUUUACCUCCGGCAAAUAGGACGAGUCCCAGAUUUAAAAAAUGUGUCCUCUGGUGGUUCAUGAAUGAUUCUAUUUAUGAAUCAGACCAUGAGCGAGAAAAGAUGCCCAAUCUGGUUUUAAUGGCACACACUGAACAUUACAAGCAGCACUUUUUUUUCUCCUUCUACAGUCUGCAUAUUAAUCUUCUACGACAUAUUAGUAUUAGGGCCGGACUGAAGAUUGUUAAUCUUUGGAGAAUAAAGUCGUCACAAAUAAAGAAAUACUUCAUAUUAUUUUUAGCAUCAGGACUGAAAAGAUUGUGCAAGAAACUGAGUCUGUUUGGAAGAAAGAAUCACAAACUUGGAGAAAAGCAUCUUUACUGUGGACUGGAGGAGGAAAUGGCUGGUCGUGGUCGACUGUGUGCUGCUGCUAUUUAAUAAUAAUACAUUAGAUAAUGAUAGAAAAGAAUCUCAUGAUAUUACGACUUAAUUCUCAUAAAAUUAUGACUGUGAAAAAUACUAGAAUAUUACUUUAUUCUGGAAAUGUUUUUAUUUCUCUCUCUUGAGUUUGGCCUUAAUACGCCAUCGUAAAUCUUCAAUCUAGCAUGAAUACAUAUAUUUUUAACUUAUAUGUAGGUGUCAUGUUUUUGCGCGUUCUUCUUCUUCUUGUCGCCACUGUGGCUUUUCUGCCUCCUUCAUUUCUUCUUUCCCAUUUGCUUUGUUCUUUUAUUUGGCAUUUAUUUAAUCUCGUGCACCCCGAGUGGAUGGAUUUGUAUAAGUGUAUGUAUGUUUUUAUUUUUAUUUGUUAUUAUUGUUAUUGUAUUAAGUGGACAUGACUGUUCACUGCAAUGUCAGACGCCCUCAGACGCAACACAUGCUCAUAUAUUAGGGCCCCAGAGGUCUCAGACCACUCAUCCAUGCACUUGGAAAAAUUAAAAAUGGUCUCAGACAUUUGGAGCCCAUUGUAUUUAUUUAUUAAUAUGACAUAACAUAUGCCAAUAAAAUAAAGAUUCAUUCUAGGGGGAAACAUGUGGAGGCAUCUCUGCAAGAUCCUGCAUAUAGAUGUUUAAUUCUCCUCGGUUUUGUUCAGCGAAAAUUGGUUUAUUUGAGUUAACAGAAAUGUUAAUGGACAGGGUGUUUGUGUGUGUGUACAUACUGUAUGUUGGUGUGUCUGUGAGAGUUAGAGUGUGUGUCUGUGUGCAAGAGGCUGCUCUGGAUAUGCAGAGUAAAUGACUACCUUUGAUCAUAGAAAUGAAAUGUUUACUCAUUUGCACUUUAAGGAAAACUCCUUUCCUGUUUCUGUCGCGCACUGUUGGUGUACAGUUUGAAUGAAAAUAAUAAAGUCUCAAUCGAAGUCUUUCCGAAUAAUAAUAACAAGUUUCUUUGUUUGUGUUCGUUAAAAACAUACUGAAUUUUGCAGUUUGUAUAAAUCACUGCCAUGACAAAAAAAAAAAACACUGGUAAAUGUAUUUGCUGAACUGCUUUGCCUGCUCUUGCUUCAAAAUUAAAGAUUAUUUAAAUAACUUUUUUGUGAUCUUUUCCUUUUAUAAUG